AUGAAGUUGUUUCCUCUGUUGGGCCUUGCCCUACCUAUCGUUGCCGCCAAAGUAUCAUACGACGGAUACAAGGCCUUCCAUAUCGACACGCCCGAGGACUUUGACCAUGUCGAGGCCCAGCUCCAGGACAUCGACUACGUCUCGAUGGCUUGCGAGAGCAACCACAAGGGCUUUGACAUUGCUGUCUCGCCAGAAAGUCUCGCUGCUUUUGAAAAGCUUGGCCUGAAGGUGGACGUCCUGCAUGAGGAUCUCGGUGCUGACAUGGCCCUCGAGGGCAGCCUGUCUCCCUACGUGUCCGCUCGCACAAAGGCAGAUGUAGGCCUUGCUGCUGCUGCUGCACUGCCCGAUCUGUCCUACUUCAACUCGUACCAUCAGUUCCAGGAUCACCUCGACUUCCUGGAUGACCUGCAAGCUGCCUUCCCCAGCAACUCCGACAUCUUCACCGCUGGCAACUCUCUCGAGGGUCGUCCCAUCCAGGGCAUUCACCUGUACGGUGCCAGUGGCCCUGGAACGAAGCCCGCCAUCAUCUGGCACGGCACUGUCCACGCCCGUGAGUGGAUCGUGGCGCCUACCGUCGAGUACAUGGCAUACAAGCUCGUUGAGGGCUACCAGAGCGGUGAUGCCAAAGUCAGAGCCGCCCUCAACAGCUACGACUUUUACAUCAUGCCUGUAGUCAACCCUGAUGGCUUUGUAUACACCCAAAGCAGGGACAGGUUGUGGCGCAAGAACCGCCAGCGUCGCUCAAGCUCGAGCUGCGUCGGCACUGAUGUGAAUCGCAACUGGCCCUAUCAGUGGAACGUCCCCGGUGGCUCCUCGACCAACCCGUGCGCGGAGACGUACAGGGGUGCCGCAGCCGGCGACACGCCCGAGAACCAAGUGCUCACCAACCACACACUCUCCGUCGGCGAGACCCAGGGCAUCAAGUUCUACGUCGACUGGCACGCCUUCUCCCAGCUCAUCCUUCUUCCGUACGGUUACUCGUGCUCCGCCCAGGCGGACAACCUGAACAAGCAGAUGGCGCUCGCCAGAGGUGUUUCCCAAGCUAUCAAAGCUGUCAACGGUCUUAACUUUGCCUACGGUCCAACCUGCCGGACCAUCUACCAGACUGCUGGUGGCAGCAACGAUUGGGUCGCUGACAUUGCUGGCGCAGAGCUGGCUUGGGCUUUCGAGCUGCGUCCUGGUUCUGGCGGCAGCGGUGGCUUUGUGAUUCCUCCAUCCAACAUCAUCCCAUCCGGCAAGGAGAAUUGGGCCGACUUCAUCCACCCGCACAUUCACCGUGUCCUUGUCGACAAUGGCCAGCUGCUCUUCCAGCCUGGCGAUGCUGAUCCGCUCAAAGUCACACAAGUCGGUCAGCCCCAGGCCAAGGACUUCUCCUUCCUCCUCAAGCCAGAGAUCUACCACCCCCUCCCGCCACAGAACAUCCCAGCAGCCUUUCGCAACUCCGACAAGCAGCCCGUACCAGAAGUGCCUCUCGAGGAGCUCCUCGAAAGAGGGCACUUGCGCGCCGCGGCGAUCGCUGCGGUGCAGGAACUCACCGGGUCAGGUGCGACACGGCCUCCCGAUCCAACGGACUCGAAACGAAUCUUUGAGCUGCUUUACACACGGCUAGCGUGCUUGACAUUGAUCGACGCGACGCAGGUGGCAGCUCAGGAAGUGAAAGCCCUCGAGGAUCUGAACAACACCCGUCUGUACCUCGAUGAGGCCACGGGCGAGCACCUGGUGCCAUGGGAGCUGCGCGUCUUGAACGUGCGCCUGCAGGCGCUAGGGUUUGGAGACAUGAGGAGGUCGAUUAUGAGCUACCACGAUCUCGCGCGUGAGUCACGGUCACGUAUUGCCAAGGCUACUAACGACGAGGAGCGCCAGUUGUGGAAGGCAAGACUGCACCAGCUAGGUGUCAAAGUGGCCGGCGCUCUGGUGGAGAUGAACGAUGCGGCGGGUGCGGCAGCUCACCUAAACGGCCUGCAUGACAAUGAAGAUGGGAAAAUGGCCUCGUCAAAAGCUCUGGUGUGGCUCCAGCUAGGGGAUGUGGACAAUGCUCGAAGGUGUGCCGAAGCACAUGGCGAUGCCGAGACAGCUGGGGAUAUCAUCCUGGCGCUAUGCGACAUGGCAGACACCAAAUACGGAGCUGCCCUUGAGAGGUGGGAGGCGCUCAGAGAAGAGAGCCAGGACGAGAUGGUCGGCGUCAACGCAGCAGUUUGCCUGCUCUACCUGGGACGAUUGCAGGAGGGCCGCGAGAUCAUGGAGGAGCUCGUUAACUCUGGUUUCUCUUCACACACUCUUCUGUUCAACCUAUCGACGGUAUAUGAACUCUGCGCUGAGAAGAACCGCAACCUAAAGAUGGCGCUGACAGAGCGAACGGCUGCUAUGGCCGAGGGGCCUGCUGGAUGGGAGAAGCAGACGGCAGACUUCAAGCUUUAG